AUAAAUAUAAAAUCUGCAAGUAUGCUUACACUUACUGUGACAAAGUUUAUUGCCAUGAAUUUGAACAUUAUAUUGCAUAUGAGCACCUAGUUAGCCUACGUGUGCGUGUACAUGCAGAGCCAACUAACCUUUGAUCCCUCCUGAUCCACACUCCACCCUCAUGCCACACUAAGACACUUUCCCUGGAUCGGCCGGUGCUCGGUAAUUACUUUGUGGUGGUUUACUUCCCCUCCACUUUGCCCAGUUGUGUGACCAGAGAUAGUGCUCCCGCAUAGACACUGUGGUUGGUGUGCAGAUUGCAUCUCUCGCCAUUCCCACUCUCGACCCCAAGUACUCCUCCCUGACGUGCUAUGACAUAAUGACAGCUGACCUGAGCUAACCCUUCUGCAAGCAUAUUAUUUUAUUUAAUCAAGGUGAGCUAAUUAUCACCAGUAGCAAGAGGUAUGGAAGGGUUGCACUUGACUUCUGUUUCCUCUACGACUUGACCCGGCGCUUACAUAAGAUUUUUGAGUGUUAUCAGGAUGAUUGCAGUUGUCCUAUUUAGCUCGAUGGUUUUGCAACCAGACGGCCGUGCGAAGAGGCACGUGGCAAAUUAGGAAUGAGGACGGACAGGUUAUUAUCCCUUAUUAUCACUGUGGCGGAUAGAGUGGGUGGACGUCGCACAUGGAUCAUUCUUGUAAAUAACGCUUCAGUUAUCGUCGGGUGUGAGAACACUGUCCAAAAAGAGAUGUGGAUUUUUGACGGUGCAGCACGCAUCCCAGGUUGCUGAGACCCGUCUGGAGCACCUUGUUUUCCUGAAUGAAAUCGUACGCCCGCUAUAAAUAGAACAGGGUCGUUGACGUCACAAUGGAAGCUGCAACCACGUCGGUACUGUGUGGCUGGCUGCAGACGCUUCUCUCAAAGAGCAUUCGAAUGGGGAAGGGCACAGUGACGGCCGCUCGAAAGACCGAGCAAACUAGACAUACAGCGUUAUUGCGAUAGUGAGGGAAAGAGAAAGGAUUAACUUUUUGGACAGACUGGGAUAAAAUGCAGAUUACGAAAUGAUCUUGCAACUAUUCAAACCUAGCUAGCGCCGACCGAUUUUAUUGCUAGCCAGCUGCAGUAAUUCUAACGUUACUCCUUGAAGUCUUGACUUCACUUUGGGUUGACAAGAACAAAAACACACAAUCCUAAGCAACGGCUGGGUGUGUAGUAUGGAUUACGAGCGGCCCAACGUAGAGACCAUCAAGUGUGUCGUCGUGGGAGACAAUGCCGUAGGGAAGACUCGCCUCAUCUGUGCCCGAGCAUGCAACACCACGCUGACCCAGUACCAGCUGCUGGCGACACACGUGCCCACCGUCUGGGCCAUUGACCAGUAUCGAGUGUGUCAGGAGGUGUUGGAGCGGUCCAGAGAUGUUGUGGACGAGGUGAGUGUCUCCCUACGACUGUGGGACACCUUCGGAGACCACCACAAAGACAGACGCUUUGCCUACGGCAGGUCGGACGUGGUUGUCCUGUGUUUCUCCAUUGCCAACCCCAACUCGCUUCAUCACGUCAAGACCAUGUGGUACAUGGAGAUCAAGCACUUCUGCCCCAGGACGCCCGUCAUACUGGUCGGCUGCCAGCUGGACCUGCGCUACGCUGACCUGGAGGCCGUGAAUCGCGCCAGACGGCCCUUGGCGAGGCCUAUCAAACCUGGGGACAUCCUGCCUCCAGAGAGUGGCCGAGAGGUGGCGAAAGAGCUGGGCAUCCCGUACUACGAAACCAGUGUCUUCGACCAGUUCGGCGUCAAGGACAUCUUCGACAACGCCAUCCGCGCCGCUCUCAUCUCCCGCCGCCACCUGCAGUUCUGGAAGUCGCACCUGCGCAAGGUCCAGAAGCCCCUGCUGCAGGCGCCCUUCCUUCCCCCGAAAGCCCCUCCGCCGCUCAUCAAGAUCCCUGACGGCCCUGGCACCCACAUCAACCGCGACGGCCCGCGGCAGCUGCUGGACAGCCCGCUGUGUGCCGACGUCAUGUUCGUGCUGCAGGAGCACGCGCGCAUCUUUUCCCACCGCAUCUACCUCUCCACGUCUUCCUCCAAGUUCUAUGACCUCUUCCAGAUGGACUUGUCCGAGGAGUCCCACUGCCUGGUCGUCACCGACAGAAUCCGGGGGGGCAGUGGGAGCGGUGGCAGGGGUGCGGGCGGCGGUGGCGGUGGUGGUAGUGUUUCCGGGGGCAACCCUCGCGACGCCUUCCUGAUGCGCACGCUGAGCCUGGACACGGAGGAGGACGCGUCGUCAGUGUCGGACCUGUCGCCGUGCUCGCUGCGCGCCUCCAAGAGCGACGGCACGCUGCGCAUGUUCAGCUUCAGCGGCAAGCACCGCCGCACCAAGCUCUCGCUCGCCUCCUGGAGCAAGGCCUUCUACAGCAUCCACCGCGAGACCGUUGCCAACCCGGUGACGGGUGCGCCGGCGCCCAUGACCGUGGUGAAGAUGGACUGCUCCAUCCAACUGGGGCCCUUCAGCGCCGUCCUGAGGUUCCUGUACACGGGCGAGCUGGACGAGGACGAGCCGGACCUCAUGAAGGUGGCCCAGAUCGCCGAGAUCCUGGAGGUGUUCGACCUGAGGAUGAUGGUGGAGAACAUAAUGAACAAGGAGGGCUUCAUGAACCAGGAGAUCACCAAGGCGUUCCACGUGAGGAAGGCCAACCGCAUCAAGGAGUGUCUCACCAAGAACAAGUUCACUGAUGUCAUCUUCAGGUUGGACGAUGGCACCAUCAACGCCCAUAAGCCUUUGCUGAUCUCCAGCUGCGACUGGAUGGGGGCCCUGUUCGGCGGCUCCUUCAUGGAGAGCUCCAACAACGAGGUCUCCACCCCCAGCACCAGCCGCGCGUGCAUGCAGGCCGUGCUGGAGUACCUCUACACCAACCAGAUCUCUCCCAUGGUGGACCUGGACCCCAUGGAGCUGAUCGCCCUGGCCAACAGGCUGUGCCUUCCUCGCCUCAUCGCUCUGACAGAACAGUAUGCUAUGAAUGCACUGGUAAAAGGCUCACGAGAAGGGCACGACAUAGACGGAGAGGUGCUGACCUACCUGGAGCUGGCUCAGUUCCACAAUGCUAAUCAGCUAGCUGCCUGGUGCCUGCAUCACAUCUGUACACACUACAACAGUGUUUGUGCCAAUUACCGCAAAGAAAUCAAGUGCAAAUCACUAGAGAACCAGGAGUACUUUGAGAAGCACCGCUGGCCGCCCGUGUGGUACCUGAAGGAGGAGGACCACUACCAGCGUAUGAAGAAGGAGAGAGAGAAGGAGGACAUGGUCCUCAACAAGCACCACUCCCGCAAAUGCUGGUGCUUCUGGCGCACCUCGCCCGCUGUAGGGUGAGGAGGAGAGGGAGAGAGGGAGUGAGGGAGAGAGGGAGGGAUAGAGAAAGAGAGAGAGAGAGGGAUGGAGAGGGAUAGAGAGGGAGAGUUAGAGAGAAAGAGGGAGCAAGAGGGAGAGAGGUGUGGAGAGCGAGAAGGAGGAAGAUGGACGAGAGAUUAGCAAGAGACGGAGGUGGUUGGAGAAAGGGAGAGAGGAAAAGAGACUGUUAGAGAAAGGGAAAGUUAUGGAGGGAGAUAAGAGGAGAUGGAGAAAGUAAGAGAGAGAGGGGGUGAGUGUAGAAGGGCGGAAGAGCGAGCACCUACACUGAACCGAGUGGUCACCAUCGCUAGUAUUUCCUGUCUUAACCUUUAUGAGGAUGCAUCUGACAAAUGCACUGAACGUCCCUUCCCUCCUCAUACCCAAGAAAAGGUAAGGAGGUCUGGUACCACCUAGACCCUCCUCCCCCCAAAAAACUAACCAAUCACAAGCACAACCUAUGAGUCCAGACAAAUCAGCCUGGCCAAUUAUGGUGCAUUUGCAAGGCCCCAACAUUCUCUCUUUUCAGUCAUCUCCAUUGCAAGCUACAUUGCUUGGCGAUUGGCUAGAGAUUGUAUUCACUGCUGAUUGUUGCACUUCUCCUUUUUGAUUUCCUUGCUGUUUGACUUUCUGGCCUUUCCCCCAGAUUCCGACAGAACCUCAGUCACCUACGAGGCACCUACGAGGAAGUGUUCCUAUUGAAAGUAUAGUGUGUAAACCUGCUCUCACAAUUUAGCACUUUAGUUUUUAACCCCAACGUGGCAUUAGAUAGCAUUUAAGCUAGUGGUGAAUCCAUUCAUAAAUGCAGUAAUUCAAGUGCUCUGUGCUUUUCACGCUAACUGCUGUGGCUUUUGUAUAACUACUAAUCAUUUCUCGGGGCUUUUGCAGAAUUCAGAGGCCCUCUAUUACUGGCACUUUGCCCAAAGCUCUUAAACCACCAUCACCAAGCUGGUGAGUAAAACGUGGUUGCUGUCAACCUUCAUGGAUGUAAUCCUGCGUAUUGUGAUUGUUAUUGUAUGUACAGUGGUCUCCAAGGCACCAGCCCCUUUCAGCAAGUCAGGUUCUUCAAUGCAAUAACUCUCUAACUCAGGAGGUCUCCCAGUCAUGCUCCUGGGACCCCUUUGCUCUGGAUAUAUUUCACCCAUCCCUGCUCUGUACCUGACUAUACUCAGCAAUGGAACUUUUGAUUGGCUUGAAUACCUGACUAAACUCAACAUUUGAACUAAACCAAUCAAAAGCAUAAUCAAAAGCAUGGUGAUUAUUAUGAGUCAAAAAAGGUGCGCUUUAAGCAGGGAUAGGGAGAAGAUAUGCAGUGCAGGGUGGGAAACCCCAGGGAACAAGACUGGGAAGCCCCGGUUCUCACCUGUUCUAACGAAGCAGCAAAACCCAAGCCAGUGCCGGGGACUAACUGAUCUAUCCUCUAUUCCGCCAUGUUCUAGAGUCGCUGCAGAUAGGUUGUUAUUUUUCUACUUAAAUCUCUUUCCUUUAUUGUAGCACAGAAUUGACCUUUAAAGGUCUUUCAAGAAUUAACUCUUAAACAUUAGAAGGGCUUAGCACUAUAAACUUAGUUCAGGGUUUACUUGAAAAUGGACCUUUACUAAUGACAAAUCUUAAAACACAAAACGAAAAUGUAAAAAAAAAAAACAAGUUUAACAAAAAAAUGAUAUCCUCUACUUGCAUAUACUACCAUCACCGUUGUUGUAGAAGUUACUUGUAGAAUGUAACUUUAUUUACGUCACGUACCCAAAGAGACUAUUGUCUCGAGAGGUUGAAAUGAAAUGUGUAGCUGUUUCCUGACGAGUAUCUAUACUGCAUUUGUUUUGUCGCUGGUGGUCCAUACUAGUGACUGUGCGCUUUCAGAGAAUGAACGGGCAGUAUUGGGGGUGGGGGUUGGGGGGGGGUGUGCUUCAAGGAUGCUGCUCUGCUGCUCUGUAUGUGUCCAGGAGCUGUGAGAUCGUCUGUGUGUACUGUAAACUGCACCAAGAUGUAAUGUAUACUGUAUGUAAACCCACCGGGUAAAACUACGUGUAGAUGGUUUUUAAAACAAUUUGCCCAUCCAGAGAAGGGUAACCUGUUACUUGAAAAAAAAAAAAAUGAAGUGGGGAAAAAAAGACAAGAGUAUGUUUUAUUAUCAGUAUGGUUAGGUCCUCUUUAGUUAACCAAAGCGAUAAUGUAGAAGUCACUCACACUAGAUAACCAUGUGAUUGUUUGGAUUAAUAUUCUUUUUCUGGUAAUAACUGCAAAACAUGUCAGUGACUAUUGUUAGCUGCUAAUAACCGAAUGGCUGGUUCAUUUGGUUCAUGCUGUCAAAAGGCCUUUGAUCUUGCUGGUCAUUAUCCUUUAUGUUGGUUGUUAAUUAACUUAUUUUUUUAAAUGGAACUAUUGUUGAAUAAAUGAUUGAUUUUAUGUAA